AUGGGUCCUAGUCAAAAUAAAUUAUGUCCGGCUGAUGAAUUAACAUAUCGUAAAAAGUCUGAUUCUAUGUCGGGAGACUACCAGCGAGGAAAUGCGAGUGACUUUUAUUUUGCAUGUCGCAAUGGUAAUAUUGACUAUGUUCUAGAGAAAUUACCAGGUAUGUCUAUUGAAGAUAUAAAUAAAGUCGAACCGAACGGUAGUACAGCAAUUCAUGCCGCUACAUUUUAUAAUCAUAUUGAUAUUGUUCAAGAGUUAUUUAAAGCUGGAUGUAGUAGAACAAUAUACAAUAAUCACGGUAAUAGGCCAUAUGAGGAAGCACAAACUGAAGACAUGAAAAAAUUAUAUGAUCGUUCAUCGAGUACGCGUUUUCAUGAACAGAAUGUCGAUAGAUCAUAUGAAAUUUUUACACCAGAAGGAUCAGACGAAAAUUCUAUUCAACAAAAACAUCAUGAUUAUAUUCAAAUGUUUAAAUCGGAUGCUGAGAUGAUGGAAUAUAUGACAAAUCGACAAACGAUGGUUAUGUGGUUGAAAUUUUUUGAUUGGUUUUCGCAUAAGUUUAGUUAUUUUAUUGACAGAAAUGAUUAUCAAGCUAGUUUAUUCGACUUAGAUAAAGAUCGAGAUUUGGAUGAAUUUUUACGAAAAGAUGGUAGUGAAUACGAAAACAAUAAACGAGUACUACAAGAAGCUAAAAACAAAGAGAGUGUGGGACCAUUAAUCACCUUAUAUACGCAAGAAGCAGUUGGAUUUUAUAGAAUAUUAAACGAACAGUUGGCAUUAAUGAUAACAAGUAAUGAUAAUCUAGAUGAUAUGAAUGGGGCUUCUUCUCUAUGUGAUCGAUUUGUUCGGGAAUUCGAUAUGCGAGAAGGUGAACUUUCACAAAUAGCCUAUACUGGUAGAAGCUUUCGUGGUGUUACAAUGGAGGAAGAUGAAUUACAAAAAUAUAAAAAUGCAUGUAAAGGGGAAAAAGGCUGUAUAAUUGCUACAAAAACAUUCCAGUCAACAUCUAGAUCGCGUGAUCAAGCAUUAGUAUUUGCAACAACACAUAUUAAUGGCAAAGGUAUUAUAUUUGUAUUUGAUAUACCUCAAGAAUGUUCAACAGUAUUUGACGUACAACAUUUAUCUGAGUUUCCCCAAGAAGAAGAAAUACUAAUUUUGCCAGGUAAUCUCUUUGAGAUCAUGGAAGUUAUAGAAGCCAAGGAACAAGCUGUGACUGAAAUUCAUCUUCUACAUUUGAAAAUAAAAAUAUCUUUUUUUGAAAAGCUCAAACGGACAAUAAAAGCUGCUCGAACAGUGAGUGGUGUUGACUAA